AUGGCUAGUGAAGAAUACACUGGUAAACCAUACAAAAUAAUUGAUUCAAAGCGUGAACACAAAAUUGGUAUCGUAGCAACUUCAUUGUCUGAUUUUAUGACUAAAGCUCAACAAAAACUUAAUAUAAAUGAAAAUGAACCUAUUAAAGUUGUUCUUGAAUCUGAUGGCACUGAAAUUGAUGAGGAAGACUAUUUUGACACUUUGGAAACAAAUACAUUAAUUAUGAUUUUAAAAUCUGACCAAAAAUGGAGUCCAUACGAUAUAAGCUUUAAAUUUGCAGACGAUCAAAUUGAUGGCACACAGAGUUUAAACAGUUUGAUUCGACGUCUGCAAAACGAUAUAGGUCAAAUAGCAUUUUUGAGUGGUUGCGAUCUUGAACUUUUAUCUGAUAUGGAUCCAGAAAGUUUGGUUGAUUUGGCGUUUGAUAGGUCAUUUCUAGAUCAAGUUAAAGAAGCUAGUGGACGGUUUCUUUAUGAAAAACGUGAAGCUCAAGAUGCAAUAAAUUUGCUCAAACUCUAUCAUGCCUCGACAAUCGGGCAAAAUUCAACCAAGAAAAGUAAAGUUUAA